UUUUCAAAUACUAAAUUAAAACGUCGAUAAUUUACAAAUUCUUUUAUAUGUAAAUUAAUAUUAAUCAAAAUACUAAAAAAUUGCUGUAUGUUAGGUAAUAAAAUUUAUCACAUGCAUCUCUAUACGUCAUCGUUUAAAGUCUGAUCAAUGAUUAGAUACUAUCUAUGAUCAAUGCUACGUAAGAUUACUUGUUUUGCCGAUUAUUUUGAUUUACUGACACAUGUGAAUUAUAAUCAAUAUAAUAAUGUAUUAAUACAAUUUAAUAUUAUGGCAUAUAAACUUAUAGAAUAACCAUGGUAAGUUAUUAAAUAAUAAUUUAUUAUAUUUUCAGUAGGGUACUCUAUAUUAAUAAUUAUUUUUUUCAAAAUUUUAAACAAAUAUUUUUUAAUCAACACACCAUAAUUGUUUUUAGCUCAACUGUAACUAAAAUCUAUAAUUAUUGUGAUUGAAUUUAUUGAAUUUAAAUCAAAAUAUGAUUGAGUUCGGUCGUCUUAUGAUAGUUACUUUUAAAAUAGUUAUAGCAGUGUACAUGGUUUACAAAACCAUAAGCAGUGAAGAUCGUGAAGAACGUUUGAUAUUGAUGGACUACUGGUGUACGAUUGGUUUCUUUGCACUCAUAGAGUAUAUUUCCGACAAGUUGUUUGAUUGGUUACCAUUUUACCAAGAAAUCAAACUUGGCGUUUCAUUGUGGCUUUAUUACACAUUUGGGAUUCAUCUAUUAUUCACCAAAAUAGUUAAACCAAUAUUCCAACUAUGUGGCUCGAUGUUGGCUCGUUUUAUGGCAAUUACAGAUAUUAUGUUCAUGAACUUUGGGAACAUUUUCUGGAGUUUUACAAAUCGUACAAUUCAAAUGGAUGAUUACUUUUAAAGUCCCACAUGACUUAUUUAAAUUAAUAAUCUAUUAGUAGUUAUUUAUUGGCUAUGUUGAUGUAUGAGAUGAAGCCAUAUUAUAAUCAUUAAAAUUAAAAAAAAAGAAAAAGAUCAAUGAAAAUCCAUAAUUGUUAUGUAAAAAUUCAAAAGUAAAAAAAAAUUCUGUCAAUUUUUUUUUUAAAUGUUGUUUUUGGUGGUAAAUAGUCUGUACGAUAUCUUGCAAUAGUUUUGUACAUACCUAGUACAUCAUAAUAUGAUAAACGGAAAAUAUUUAGUCAUUCCUAUAGAUAAUUAUAAAAUACUAGCUGAUCCCGUGCACUUCGUUGCCGGUUAAAUGUAUUAAC